AUGUCCAACCUGAGCCCCACAUAUGGCGCUCUCUUCGUCGGCGUGCUCUUGUCCGCUGUACUGUUCGGAGUGACAAUGCUCCAGAUGUUCGUCUACUUCCAGCAGUAUCCUACGGACAGGCCUUGGAGGAAGCUUGCCGUGGGCUGGCUCUGGCUCCUUGAUGCGAUACAUCUGGCGCUGAGCGCGCACUUCGUCUACUUUUACCUUGUCACUAACUUCGACAAGCCCGACGCUCUUUCACAUAUUGUCUGGAGUUUCAAGCUUCGCAUAGUCAUUGAUUCUCUUGUUGUCUGUUCAGUGCACACACUGUAUACCUCUCGGUUGUGGACGCUCCUCGCUAUCGACGAACGGAUGGAACCCUUCGGUAAAGAAGCGCGUAGAUGGAGUCGACAGAAGUUGACGACACGAGCAAGCGCCUCGCGAUGGGUGAUGCGAAGAUUGGUACCUUGGCUUGUUAGCGGGUUGGUCGGUCUUGGCUAUGGCAUCGCUAUAGUGAUGUGUGUUGAGACAUUCAAGCUCGAGGCCUUCAGUGAACUAGCUCAUACCCCUUGGGCGACAUAUGUACCCCUCGGUGCCUCCACCGUAAUCGACGGGGUCAUAGCCGGAUCACUAUGCUACUUCCUUGCUCGGUGUCGGCCACGAUCAGAAGCGAUGAAUGGUCCGUUCAAGACACUAAUGGUAUACACGCUGAAUACUGGUACCAUUACUGGCCUCUUUUCGCUCCUCGCAAUCGCAAUGAUGGUCGCAUAUCCGACAACGUUCAUCCCGAUUGCGAUAGAAUUUGUUGUCGUCAAGCUAUACAUCAAUUCUUACAUGGCCAUGCUCAACGCACGCGGCGUGAUCCACCCCUCCCAGGUAUACCACACCAGAGCUUCGUUCCUCCCCUCCAACUCCCGCAUUUUCCGGUACCCAUUGGAGCAGAAAGGGCUGCCAUUCGCCUCAUUCUCUGCCUCGGUCGCUUCCUUGCAUCUUGCUCAGCGUCCGCCGAAUCCCAGCCCUACACCUGGCGCGCACCAUGCUCCGACCUCCGACGCGCGCGCCUCCGCGGAGUGGACCCGUCCGAGCCCGGUGCCGACUCUACGUGCACCGCGGCUCAGCCACCCUGACGUUUCGCCCCAGUACGGCGGGAUCGAAACAGUAGUCGGUGUGGCGUUCCCCGCGGCGGCCCUCGGACAGCAGCAGCGCUUCAACUCCUUCACCUCCGCGUCGUCCUCCGCCACCGUGGCGGUGCCUCCCAGUCCUAACCCGCUCGCUGCGGUGUACGCAACACCCGUGGACCCACUCUCAACCGCGCACCCCCUUCCGCCGACAUUACACAUCGAAAUGGCGGAGAUAACGGAGACAACAGUGGAUCCGCCGGAGUACCCUUCGCCGCCCGACCGUGCCCUGUCUCCUCUUCGCUUCGCGUCCUACUCGUCCUCGAUCCCGAGCCCAUCGGGUUCGCUGUCCUCUCCAUCGAGUCCUACGCAUACUCGUCAUUCGCGCCCGCGGAUUCCGAGCGCGUACUCCAUGGACGCGCGGGACGGCGAGGAGAGGCGAACGUCCCUCCCAUCGGAUUCCCCAGGAUCCGAGCGGCGGUAUACGCGCAUGGUGAACGCGGCCAGGGAGAGCCGCCGGACGCUUGGUAGCUUCCCAGAGUCGUCAACGCGUGCCUCCGCGGAGCGGAAGGACAGAGCCGGUGGGAUAAGUGUGCGGGGGCGGACGGGAGACGGGAAGCCGGGGAGCGGGCGGGGGCGGGUCGUCAGAGUACCGCAAAGAAUUAUGGAGAGGAGAACUGUGUGCAACAUCGUCUCCCUGGGGUGUGCGGGAGAGGUCGCCGCGGGCCGGCGUGUGCUCCUCGUUUGGCGGCAGACUCGGCCUCCGAGCUCCAGCGGGGGAAGCUCGGCGGAUGCAAUCUGCGCCACGACGGGCAUCAUCGUGUUGUGUAUCCUAGCAGCAAUCAGGGGCAUGAGCGCGUCGCCCAAGCGUGGUCCAUCUCCGCCUUCAGAACUCACCGCGAUUCGCUCAGGGAGGGAACCGCGCUGACGGGCGCUUAUUCGUCUGACUUCGUGCCGCACGAGUGCGUUCGCGCGCGCUUCGUCCUUGCUUUACGCCGUCACUGUCAGUAUCCGACAUUCACAGUCGGCUCUGCUGCGGUACUAGCUCUAUGUAG